AUGGCUCCCCGCGGCGAGGCUAUUCAGACCAAGGUCCACUACAAGGGCAAGGAGGACGACUUCGUCAUCUUCGUCGACUCCGAGAAGGCCGUCCAGGACUGGAAGCAGGACAGCUCCGUUCCUCUGGCACAGGUCGUGAACGGCUGGAAGGUCUUCGUCACCCAUAAGCACGGAAACCAGGGCAUUCUCGACACCGCAUCCAACGCUGUUCUCGACAACGAGUUCGGUACGCACGCCGAUGAGGACGUCGUCAAGCAGAUUCUCGAGAAGGGCGAUAUCCAGUCUGUCGAGGAGAAGGGCCGCAGCGGCGACACCAACCUGUCCAAGGGCUCCCUCCAGGCACACGGCUACGGCGGCAACGUCGCGUAA